GACCGUGGCUCUCAUCACCGUUUAUCUUAUCGCUUGGUGACUGCUGGACAGGCUUGGCGCAGCAUUGGAACGUGAGGAAAGGCUGUCAGACCUUUUAAGUUCGUUCAGCAAACCUAGUUGGAACGGAUUGAGCUAUUUCACGAAUUUAGUCAGGCGAUAGCCGGAGACACAAUUUUGUCUGGGCGUCGACUGGUCUCAACGCAUCCGAGCAUCCAUCCCUUUCAUUGCUAGCGGUCUAGCUAACAUCAGUGAGUUGACAGCCAUAAUCGAGGACGCUGACAACUCGCCGCUAAGAUGUCCGGAUACCAGGGAAAGAAAAAUAUACCUCGCAUUACAAGUGAUCGUCUCCUUAUCAAAUGUGGAAAGAUUGUAAAUGAUGACCAGUCUUUCCUUGCUGACAUCUAUAUCGAGGAUGGAGUCAUCAAGCAAAUUGGAGAGAACCUGAUAGUUCCUGGUGGGGUGAAGAUCAUUGAUGCCCAUGGACGCAUGGUGAUGCCCGGGGGCAUAGAUGUGCACACACGCUUCCAGAUGCCAGAUAGGGGCAUGGUGUCAGCAGAUGACUUCUACCAGGGCACCCGUGCUGCUUUGGCUGGGGGAACCACCAUGAUAGUUGAUCAUGUGGUUCCAGAACCUGGUGUGAGCCUGGUGGCAGCGUUCAACCAGUGGAGGGAAUGGGCCGACAGCAAGUCCUGCUGUGACUACUCCCUGCAUGUGGACAUCACUAACUGGCACAAGGGCAUGCAGGAGGAGAUGGAGAGCCUGGUGAAGGACCACGGUGUCAACUCUUUCCUGGUCUAUUUGGCUUAUAAGGAUGUUUUCCAACUUUCCGACUCCCAGAUGUACGAGGUGUUCAAUGUCAUCAGAAACUUGGGAGCAAUCGCUCAGGUGCACGCAGAGAACGGGGACAUCAUUGACGAGGAGCAGCGUAAGAUCCUGGAGCUGGGCAUCACUGGCCCUGAGGGUCACGUGCUGAGCCGCCCGGAGGAGGUGGAGGCAGAAGCAGUCAACCGGUCAGUCACUGUGGCCAAUCAGACCAACUGCCCCCUCUACAUCACCAAGGUGAUGAGCAAGAGUGCUGCUGAUGUCAUCGCCCUGGCCAGGAAAAAGGGUGCUGUGGUGUAUGGAGAGCCUAUCUCUGCCAGCCUGGGCACGGACGGAACCCACUACUGGAGUAAGAACUGGGCCAAGGCAGCUGCCUUCGUCACCUCCCCACCCCUCAGCCCUGACCCCACCACCCCUGAUUAUCUCAACUCACUGCUCUCCUGUGGUGACCUGCAGGUGACUGGUAGUGCUCAUUGCACGUUCCACACCUCUCAGCGUGCUGUGGGCAAAGACAACUUCACCCUCAUCCCAGAAGGCACCAACGGCACUGAGGAGAGACUCUCCCUCAUCUGGGACAAGUGUGUGGUGACUGGAAAAAUGGACGAGAACCAGUUUGUGGCUGUGACCAGCACCAACGCAGCUAAGAUCUUCAACCUGUACCCCCGUAAGGGCCGCAUUGCAGUGGGCUCUGACGCCGACCUGGUCCUCUGGGACCCAGACGUCAGCAAGAUCAUCUCUGCCAAGAGUCACAACCUGGCUGUGGAGUAUAAUAUCUUCGAAGGCACCGAGGUGCGUGGAGCUCCCCUGGUGGUGGUGAGCCAGGGCAAAAUAGUGUUGGAAGAGGGCAACCUCCAUACCACUGAGGGCUGUGGGCGCUAUGUGAGCCGCAAGCCCUUUCCUGACCAUGUCUACAGGAGGAUAAAGGCUCGCAGCAGGCUGACGGAGCUGAGUGGGGUCCCCAGGGGUCUCUAUGACGGGCCAGUGUGUGAGAAUGUGACACCUAAGGUCAUGACCCCGGUCACCUCGGUGAAGACCUCUCCAACCAAGCUGCAGCAGCAGCAGCAACAGCAGCAGCAGGCUCCCCAGCCCGUCCGUAACCUGCACCAGUCUGGCUUCAGCUUGUCUGGUGCGCAAGUUGAUGAUAACAUUCCCCGCCGCAACACCCAGCGCAUUGCGGCGCCCCCUGGUGGUAGGUCCAACAUCACCAGCCUGGGUUAAGCUCUACUGUCAGCUGAGCUAGGGAGGAAAGGAGAGGAGUGGAGCAGGAGGAUCCACCUCAGCUCCCAGACCAACCAUCACAACCAACAAAGCUUCAUCUAUUGUGGUCCCGUCUCCCUGACUUAACUACAAGCUGGUGGUCAAAAACACUCCAUCCAUCUUCAUCCAUACUUAACUGCUCUGCCACCUCAUUCAAAGAAGAAAAAAAAAAAAUAGCACUCAAUGUUUUGUUUUGUAUUACCUACAUGCCAUAUGCAAUCUUUUCAUUUUUUUAAGGAAGAGUCAAGUGAAUUUAGAGAGUUCUUGAUGUUUUUCUGUAUAUACACUGAGUGUACAAAACAUUAGGAACACCUUCCUAAUAUUGAGUUACACCCCCUUUUGCCCUCAGAACAACCUCGAUUUGUUGGGAAAUGGACUCUACAAGGUGUCAAAAGCAUUCCA